UUAUCAAACAUCCCAGGAAAUGAUAGAAAGUAGAAUUAUGACCAGCAUGUCAGGAAUUCUCGAAAAUUCAGGUCAUCAUCCCUCUCCACAAGACUACAGACUUCUGACCACAGACCCCUCCCAGCUCCGAGAGGAGGAUCUCCCCGGGGACCUGCAGUCUUUGUCGUGGCUCACCUCUGUAGACGUUCCCCGGCUUCAGCAGAUGGCCGAUGGUCGCGGUGGUGGCGAAGGAGACUUCAACGGGCCUUCCCAGGGGCUGGGGGCCAGCAUGCUGGAGCAGCAGACAGCUCAGAUGAACAACAUAACCAUGGCAGGGGGACAGGGAGCCAUGAUCCACCUACAGAGCAACAUGCAGCACAGCCCCCUGGGAAUUAAUGUCAUCACCGCCCAAAGCGGAAGUAUGUCUCCAUUCUCCAUGAAUGGACAGCCCUCCCCAGGGUACCAAUGCCCUGCCUCUGUCUACCAACCUACACCCCAACAAGUGUUCACUCUGACCCAGACUAGCCAGCAGUGUACUCCUGCUGGGCUCUAUGGCAAUGUCUCGUUCAACAACCAAAGCCUGUUCACACAGCCGCGCCUGGCUCCACAAAACCAGGACCUGCAGCCCAAGACUUUCCCCAAGCCCAUCUACUCCUACAGCUGUUUGAUCUCUAUGGCUCUGAAGAACAGCAAGACAGGCAGUCUCCCAGUCAGCGAGAUCUACACCUUCAUGAAGGAACAUUUCCCCUACUUUAAGACAGCACCAGACGGAUGGAAGAACUCAGUCCGACACAACCUGUCGCUAAACAAGUGCUUUGAGAAGGUGGAGAACAAGACGAGUGGGUCGUCUCGUAAGGGCUGCCUCUGGGCCCUGAACCCGGUCAAGAUCGACAAGAUGGAGGAGGAGAUGCAGAAGUGGAAGCGUAAGGACCUCCCAGCCAUCCGCCGCAGCAUGGCCAACCCAGAUGAGUUGGACAGGUUGAUCACGGACCGGCCGGAGAGCUGCAGACGGAAGCCCAUGGACCCCGGGAUGACCCGUCUGCCUAUCUGUCCAUCUGGCCUAUCCCUGCCUGUCCCGGGCCAGAUGCAACCCCAGCCCAUGGUCACCCUGUCCCUGCAGUGCCUGCCCAUGCACCACCAGCUCCAUGCCCAGGCCAGGCUGGCCCCGGUGUCCCCCCCCCCUGCCCAAACGCCCCCCCUCCACACCGUUCCUGACCUCUCCAACGGCCUCCUCGCUACCCAGCAUCCCGGCAAGCAGCCGCACGAGUUCUACAGUCUCCAUGGUGAGGUCAACGCAGAGGUGGACACACUGGACACCAGCAUCAUGGACUUCGCUCUACAAGGUAACCUGUGGGAGAUGAAAGACGACAGCUUUAAUCUGGAGGCAUUAGGCACCUUCAGUAACUCUCCCCUGCGUUUGUCUGACUGUGACAUCGGCACCAUGACGGGCAGCCUCCCUCCAGUCUACAGCGGGGGCAGCAUGCCCUUCUCAGACCUACAGGUGACGGGCAUGUACACCUCCUACGCCGCCCUGGACACCCUCUCCUCCCAAUACAUGGGCACGCCAGGCAACAGCAAGCCCAUCACUGCCCUGCUUUAAUGAAAACAUCCCCUGCACCACAGAGUGGAACCACAAGGGGAGAGCUGCAACGAGGCAUUACCAACAAUACAAAAACAUUUUUUGUUUGUUGCUGUGGCUCUACUUGUCAAUCACACUCCUGGCACCAAAAAGCCCCCACAUCCUCCACUGAAAAGCCUGAAUCCUCAUUGCUUUUCUCUAUCCCCGAUGACAGAGCAACUUGUGUUGCCAAACCUAAGCCACUACUUCAGAUGCGAGAAAGAAGUCUGCUCGGAUGGGGGAUUUGAUCAAAGUCAUUGCUUUUUACCUGUGUGGUUUAACAAUAGGAGUAACCAAUGAGGAAAAGUGAAAUUCGGGGAGGAAAUUGACAAAAAUAUAGUGAUGUCUCUGGGGGGAAACUUUGCCAAGCAAAGACCCCAAGCUGUCCUACACUGUUCGUACACAAACCUAGCAGGCAACAGGAACCAUCUCUGCCAGUUUUGUACAAUGUUGACUUUCCUGUGUUUGUAAGCCUUACCAUGGCACUGUUAGUUCCCUGUUCUUUACCCAUUGUGUGUAUUGUGCUAGGCAGUAUUACUGUGAUGUUUUAUUUAUUAAAUGGCAGCUGGAGAAGGGGAGGAAUUUAUCAAACACCAUUUACUGUAUAUUUGUGUUUUAAAUCCCUGUGAUCUCCACUGAAAAGCUUGUUUCUUAAACAGUAUUUAUCCAUACAUUCCAAAACCUGUCUAAUAAUAGCAUUUGUAGACCAUUUGACAAAUUUCAGCAUUUGAAAAUAGGCUAAAAUCUGUCAAAGUCCAAAUUCAUAAUAUUCAUUGAAUUAUUCACAACUUUUGGGAGGAUGUCAGGCUACAUGUACUGUAAAAUCACAAUGGAUAAAUAAAAGGUUACUUGCUGAAAA